GGCGCGAUGGGGAGAUGUGCAUCUCCUGUUCUUCUCCGUCCACCGGGGAAGAUGUCAGCGAUUUGCGAGCGCAGAAGAUCUGGGUCGCGUCGACGUGAUGGUGGGGAAGCUGGAAGAAGUUUCGGCGAUGAUUUGUCUGGGAAUUUAAAUCGUAUUGGUUCAUGUGAUUACGAUGCUGAUUUUGGGUUGUCACAUAUGGAUAGCUUUUCAUCUAGUGAUAAAGAAAAUGCAAAGCCAGGGAGGAAAAGUGUUUUGGAUGAUGCAUUGUUUCAGUUUUUUCGCAAAGAGGCUAUCAAAUCUCUCAAGAGGGACUUUUCCAAGUUCUGCAAAGAAACAAACGGUUGAAAGAGCAUUCUAUUGGCAGAGACUCAUUUACUUCAUAUUCCAUUAAGUACUUCUGUGACAUUUCGAAAUCAUUGACUUUUCGUCGUAAGGAGGUCAUAAGGAAUUUUGGUUUUGGUCAUCUUUUGUUGCUUGAGAAAUGUGAGAUUCCUUCUCCGUUUGUUCGC